AUGUCGGAAUUAGCACGAACCCUGCCGGCCUCCUGGUAUCGUAGCCUGCCACUGUAUCAACUGGAAAGGCGGGCAGUGUUCUUGAAAUCUUGGUACUUGCUUGGUCCUGUGACACGGUUUAUGAAUGUCGAUGAAAAAGUCAGCUAUGAAAUUGCUCAGCAGGAAAUUUACGCAGUCAGAGUUUCCGACAGGUCCCCUUUCCCUGGACCAGGUGAUAUCAAGGUCUUUUCGGCUAGCACUGGAGCAGAGCUCAGGAGCUACGUGACCCCUACAGGACUGGUCUUUACCACGAUCUCGGACGAAGCGCCCAGCUUCCAUGAAUAUUUUCCCGACUUGGAACCUCUGCUUGCCAAAGUCGAUUUCACCAAACGACCCUACCGUCGUAGUAUCAAGUACGAGGGGCAUUUCAACUGGAAAACUAUGGUUGAUGGCUAUCAAGAAUGCUUGCACUGCCAAUACACUCAUCCUUCGUUUUCCGUCUAUUACCCUCCGACAUUCUACACGGUCUACAACCAUCGGAACUUCUCGCAGCAUGUGGCAGAUCCGAAGAAGCCCGACGAUGGCUUGUUCCUUUACUUUUUCCCCAAUUGCACUUUGAACGUGUACGGCGGCGGAAUGUCCUCCUUCCGCGUCUGUCCGACCGAGAAUCCUACAAUCACCAGGAUGGAGUUUGACUACUACCACGUGGAGACGGGCGACAAAUUUGAAGAAUACUUCAAAUUCGUUCGACAGGUCGCUAUUGAAGACUACGAGUUGUGCGAGAAAUCACAAGAAAACCUGGAGAAGGGAGUUUACAACGAGGGGAUCCUGAAUCCAGAGAAGGAGACAGGCGUCGCGCACUACCAGGAACGAGUCUUUGAUCUCGUGUGCAAACAAUAUGAGGCUGAAAAGCAGGCCGAAGAUAACGACCAGCAACCACAGCCCGAGAGGGGCAUUGGACCAGAGACGGUUCAAGCAGCGGCAUGA